UCAGCCGGGGCGGAGCGGCGGCGCUUGGCCCCGCCACGCUGCCGUCGGCGGGCGGGGCCGCAGCGGCAGUCAUGGCGGCGCCCGUCGUCCCGGAGAGUGACAGCAUCCGCAGGGCCGUGUCGCUGCUGAACACCGUGGACGCGGGCCGGUUCCCGCGGCUCCUUUCCCGCAUUCUCCAGAAGCUGCACCUGAAGGCUGAAAGUAGCUUCAGUGAAGAGGAGGAAGAAAAACUUCAAAUAGCUUUUUCGUUGGAAAAGCAGGAUCUUCAUCUAGUUCUCGAAACUAUAUCAUUCAUUUUGGAACAGGCAGUCUAUCAUAAUUUGAAGCCUGCUUCUUUGCAACAGCAGCUGGAAAGCAUUCACCUGGAUCAAGAAAAAGCUGAAGCAUUUGCCAGUGCAUGGGCAGCUGCAGGUCAAGAUACAAUUGAAAAGUUCAGGCAGAGGGUUUUGACACCUCAGAAGCUUGAAACAAUUGGGUGGCAGCUGAAUCUUCAAAUGGCAGAGUCCAUGCAAGCGAAACUAAAGUCUCCUCAAGCUGUGCUAGAGCUGGGAGUGAGCGAUGAAGAUUCAAAGAACCUGAAGAAAGUGUUUGUAGAAUUUAGCCAUCAGGAGCUGUUUGAGUUCUAUAACAAGCUGGAAACUAUACAAGCACAGCUGGAUUCCCUUACGUGAUGUUUUUGAAGACUUAUUUCUCCAUCACACUCCUGCCACCUCAUUAUUUUAAAUUGAAGAUAGAUUGCCAAGCUGUGUUUGCUGAAGGAUUCAGUGGGUUGCUUCCUGUAAAAUUAUAUGGCUUAUCUCCUUUUUAGACCAGUAACGUUAGCCAAGAGCCUUUGUUAAGAGCCUGAAGAUUCUAAUGGACUUUCUCUUAUUUUAUGAGCAAUUUUAAAGAGUGGUUUUACUUGCAGAAAUAGAAAGGAAAAAGAAAAAUAAAAAAGAAUGCUACCCUGCUUCGGAAAUACUUUAAUUUUUUUUGUCCUGCUAUGUGUGCUACUUGAUUCUGGUAGAAAUUUGCAUAUUAGUGAGGGACCAGGUAUAAAAGGAUAUUUUUUAGACAUUAAAAGAAUAUAAAAGUAUUAAGGAUAUACACAGCUAAUAAAAUCUCUAUGCUUUUGAAUUGCUAUUCACGUAAUUGAUAACACUUAUUGCAAACCUGUCAAAGUAAAUUCAGAAUUUAAAAAUAGAUUGGUUUAGUUUUAGCUAUUUUAACUUCAUUUCAUUAUCUUUGUUCUUUUGUAAUUUGUUGGAUUUUUGUGGUUUUUUUCUUCUAAAUAAUCAACAGCAUCACUGAUUUUAGUGUUUACUUUUGGCACUGAGAAUAAAUACAGCUUCUUAGCACUGCAUGCAUACCAAUGAAUCUAAGUAGUAUGGUGUAUAACUGGAGGGAGAAAUCUCAGAGUAUAUAACAAAGAACACUGAAAUAGCCUGACAGUCAGAUUUCUGAAAGCUAUUUGUUGAUCCUUCGUAAUGCUGCCCACCAUUGUUUUUACAUCCAACGGGAAGAAAUAAAGUACAGUGACUUAAAGGCGAUAUUUUCACACAUUAGUUCCAGAUGAAUGGAGGUUCCUGAGCAGUAUGAGAAGGUAAAAGUCAUCUUAGUUCUUGUUUGUUGCCGUUCAUUGACAGGCAACUUCAUUGACGCACCUUGAUAAUGGGCACAGUAUACAACUCUCUACUCUGGGUUAAUAGAAGGUGAGAGGAAAUAAAAAUCUCUGGCAUUCGCUUGUCUGUCUUUCUCCUCAAGGGAUUCCCUGAACAAGGCUUUUUUCUUCCAGAUGCCUAAAACUGGGAUGGUUAAUACCCAGCCAGCCAGUUUUCUUUUGAUUUUUUUUUGCUCGUGACACUACAUAUAAGUAUAGCCAAAAGGUAUGUUUUGAAUAGAUGGUGUUUAGGUCCUCUCGUGCCAGAAUUCUUGCUUUGUUGCUUUUGGAGGGUUUUGGGCUUUUUGUGUUGCUUUAUUAGGGAUUGUGCUGUCACCUGUAGAAUAGUUGAAGGGGUUUGUACCAAUUGUCUAAGCUGUGGGAUAAUAGAUUUAGAAGGUAAAGUCAUUAACAGCCUACGUGUGAGUAAAGGGCACCAAAGAGAAAGAACACAUUUAUCAUAGUUCUUAACUGAAACACCAGGCAAUGCUGUACCACUCUGGUAAGGUAGCACUGUUACCCUGUUGGAAAGAAGAAAUGAGUCACCAUUGCAUGGCAGAAUCUUACCCUCUACACCUUGUGAGGCUGGCUGCCAAAAUCAAGUCUUGUCUCAAGCCACUGGCAAACGUGCCUUAUCUUCUGGGGAUAUAACGCUCCCACCCACAGACGUCGUGUCCUCUGGCUGUUCAGCAACAGCUUGCUGGCUCGCUCGUCUCUAGCUGCAUAGGUUGGCGUGGGUCUGCAGGUAGGCACAUCCCCACCAUUCCCUCCACCUGGCAGCAUUCACAGUGAUUUGUAAGUUAUCGCAGCUAGCAAAAAUCCCCUUCUUCUUGAUACUUAAGUCCUGGCUUCUCCGUUGGUCCUGUGGGACACUAUGUUGUGUGCUAGGACACUGCUCUUCACUUUUCCCUGUGUUUCCAGAGCUUAAGUCAGGUCUGAAGCAAGUUGAAGACUCUCCUGUGUGGAUGUAGGAUGUACUAAGGCAGUCGUCUGAGUGUGAGAGAGGGGUUAAGUUAUCUUCGUGAAUAUAGGGCAGUGAUUGAUGAAUCCUAGAGGAGGGGAUGAAGGCAGGACCACUUUGGAGUGCAAGAAGCAUUGUACAAAUUAGCAGGCACAUCUGAAAAAAAAAGAAGUCAAAGACAGAGUAGGAAGAAAUCAGGUGUGGGAAAAAUGGGAAAAAGGAAGCAGAGCAUAGAGUAAUAUGUAUUCCUAAGGGUGGAAUUUGGGAGUUGGAAAACUGUAAGGAAGAGAGGAGGAACGAUAUAAAAGAUGGCAAAAGUAUAUAUAUACACAAAGAAAAUAUUAGGCAAAGGGGGAGAAAAACCUUAUAUAGUAGGGGAAUGGCAAAAAAAUUGGGGAAAUAAAGUAAAUCGGAGUUAACUAAUCAGAGUUAAACUGUGGCCAGCUGUCUAACUGUAUCUAGUGUUUUGAACUAACCCAUAAGUGUCAGCCUUGGUGCAAAUUUGGACAAAAUCAAAGAAAAGUGUGGGAUACCAAAAAAGAGCCUUUUAAAUCUAGCUUUAGCAAGCAAUAUCUUAAAAGUGAUAAAAUAACAUUAAAAGGAAGAACAGGGAAAAUGAAGCCUAAGAUUGUAAGGAUUCAGUAAAAUUUAUUUAGUGUUUAUCCUUGUUUGCAGAUGGAUGAAGAGAUUUAUGAUUUCUUUUGCAGUAGUUGCAUUUUCUUUUUUACUAAAUGUACUGAAAGUCUUACUGUCAGAAGCCAUAAUAAAAGCCAUAGUAUACUUCAUGGUAAGAAGUACAGUUGUUAUCUUUUGUCAAGGCACACUCAGAAAUAAACAGUUUAGAAAGACUUUUCUGGAUAUAACGGGAAGCUUUGGGGUUCUACGUUAUUAGGUAGUGAUGGCAUAACCAGUACCAUCUUAGAGAAGAACAUUGUCAUUUAAAUAAGUGCUCCUGAAUAAGGAGAGAAAAUUGACUAACUGAGAAAGAGAAAAACUAUUCAGGGUUUUUUUUUAUUAGGUCUUGCAGAAAAUAAGGCUUUUAUACUCAUUGCUGCUCCCUGGGCCUGAGUAGGCCUGGAGAGGGGAAGAUUAGUCUUCCUGUGAGAGCAGCUGCCUCUGCUUAGUUUGGAUAAAAUCCUGGUGUCCCGACAGUGUCAGGGAACGAGAGAAAAACAAGCACCAGCACAGACUGGGGGAUGCCUGGGGAGAGUGGGAGAUCUGCCAGCAGCAGGGACUAGACCCGAUGCCAUACCUCAGAGGUGGCGGAAGGAAAAACGCUUCCUGGGAGGAAGAAGGCACGUAGCCUAUUCAGAACUGGAUACACCAGGCUGGUGUGGGAGCACAGGCAGGGAUGUGAACGCUGAAGUUCUUCAGGCUUUUGUUUCGCAGUCUGGUAAAACGUAGUUUUGGAGAGUGAGUCUUGUGGGUAUUUUGAGUUUUUACUGCAGGAAAGGAAAGGGAUAUGUCCCAAGCCCUCCAGUUCAGGGUCCUGGCAAAACAUUGGUCUGUAACAUCUCUUGGGCAUGAUCCAGAACUGAAAUUACCAAGGCCUCUGAUAGUGUUGAAGGAAGAUAUUUGCAGAGAUUUAUUGAGCUGUAAAACUGGAGAUUUGAAUGAGUAAGAAUUAAUAAAUCUACUUUCAGAUCUUUCAGUGCAUUUUAAAAACAUUUGAUUCAUCUUUGCUCGGACAUUAAAGAUGGUAUUUUCCAUGACUGUACUUCCCUUAAAGCUAUAUCAAAAUCCACCUCAAAUGGACUAUUGGCAAAAGAGGAAAAUCUUUCAGUUUGGGUGUAAACAAGCAUCAAUGUUGUUUUGACAUGAAGACUUUUGAGUUCUGGGCCUAAAUUGAAAACCAGUGUGAGAACUGUCUCAAAAAUACCAGUUUCUGGCAAAGAGCAAGCAUUUGUAUAUCACUUGGCAAAAACAACACUAGUAGCACAUUAAUGCUUGUUGAGUACAAAUGCCGUAGAUUAUCUGUGCCCGGUUCAGCCUUAGGCAUAUACUUCUUGUUCCUUGACAAGGUAUGAAAUGUCUCUAAGUUUCUGCAUUCUAUUUUUGUUGAAAUAAAACAUGUAGGUAAAUAGACAAAUAUAACUUCACUGUCUCACAUUUUGACUAAUUGGCAAACCUGCUUUGGCUUUCCAGAGGAGGCUUUCAAAUUCCCCUUUAAUUCCUGGCUUUACUGACACAUCAAUUUUGAAUUAUGACUUGCAGCUUCAUUUCCUACAGUCUGAUUUUAAAGGCUUUGAAGUCUUGUUCUUUCAAAGCGUAAAGAAUUUACUGAAAUGCUGUCUUGCAUUGGUCAAAGGAAGAAAAGUGUUUCAUGUGAUAAAAUGGUAUAAGCUCCCCUUUACACUUGUUCUAUCUCAUAUUCUCUGAUUUCCAACAGCAUCAGAAACAUUUCAUUGUUUGGCCAUAUUGACAUAUCCUGUCUUUAAAGAUUGUGAAUUCACUCACAUAACUCUAAAGAAAUUACAGAGCUUAAUAAUGUCUAUUGCCCAGUGAAUAAGUAUCAUAUCAUUUUGUGACCUUUGUAUAGCCUAUUUGACUAAUGAAAAUGAACAACAUUUUGAGCUAGUGCGAGUAAGUUCCUUUUCUAUGCAUCAGCCAAACUGCCUUCUGAAUAACAGUGAUUUCAUCUAUGUGGAUGAACUACAAUACUGUUGUCUGAAACACUGUUGAUGGUGUCUCAUAAAGAUGAACUAAUAAAAUGCUUUUAUCUGCAACUCUUGCAUAAAGUGAUUUCUAAUUUCCAUGGUAAUGAUUCAAUUUUAUUGGAUUUUCCCUUGGCCUUUGUAAUUGUGUGGAUCAGACCAAAUUAUAUGCUGUAAUUUCAACUGAAAUAAAGUGUUUAGAUGAUCCCUUCA